AUGGAUAGUGCUUCGGUGAUGGUGAAAGGACGGUCGGUGAUGGUGGUUGUCAGGGAUGUUACAACAUGGUUCGUGACAUAUAUGGAGAAAUUGACCAGUGAUGUAAUGGAAGGUGUUGACCAUGCCAGAGCUUUUGCCACCCUGCGCGGAGUUGAUGCUCUGAGUGAGCCAGAUAAAUCGGAUGCUGUAUUCUCCAUCCUUUCCUCCCUGAUGGAGUCACUUGCGAUACGCAGGCGCUUGGCAAAUGAUACCUUGACUUUACUUGGUUCUCAUUUGACUCCGGAAAACUUGAAGGAAGCAACGGCCGCCAUUGAACUCACAGACCAGGUCCUGAAUGCCUGGCAAGGGCCAAACCGCUCCGAAUACUUUGCCCCUCUUCCGGCAGGGGUCUCGGUCACGCCUGAUCCUGCGCAGAUCUCCCAGUGGUCCGACCAAAUUCAAGAUCUCGACGAGCGGACACAUCGCAUCCUCGAGGAAGAGGGAUACUUAUGUCGUCUCACUGAGGAGUUCCGGAAAACCGGUGACCUGCAGCAUCCUACCACCGUGGUGUCUCAGGGAUAUCUUGAACUAUACUUGGAUGUCAAGAAAAUCAAUGAUGAUGUGAAAAUUUUCCAUAAGGAGACGGCUCACAUUUCAGUUUGUCUUUGGAUUAGCACAGAGCAGGAUGAUUCUCGAGCUAAAAACCUGCUUCAGCGGACAACACAGAUGACCAGUCUGGUCGCCAAUACCCAUGAUCGGAUGACAAAACACAUGCCUGACGGGGUUUUUGAUGUAUACAUCAAUCAGCGUAUAGAUGAGGCUAGAACCAUCUUGAAAGAUGCUGACACAUGGCUCAAAGAGGUUAGGAAUCAGACAGCAAUACAUGGAGUUAGCAUAAUAGGCACAAUGUAUACGGACAACACACUGAUUGAGAAUCCUAUCUUUCAACGUCUUUUGGAUGGACUGAAAUCGCUGGAGGAGCGACAAGUUCAGGCUGGCCGUGCACAAUUUGGUAGACUUGAUGCGGUAUGGGCUUGGCGCUUUGACAGUAUUACCAAUCCACUUUGCCAGGAGUGGAGGGCUUUACUUUUAGAGGUUGGCAAUGUCGUUGUGAAUCUCAUGGACAAGUGGGACAGCGAUGAGCGACAGUCUUUCUUUGCUCCAGUUGCCGAGCCUCAGCAAUCGUGA